GGAUGCUUCGCGGCGCCCUCCCACCAGCAUCAUGAGCCCGUCCUUCCACUUCCUUUUCCUCCUCCUCCUCGCCCUGCCCGCCUGUGCCCGGCGGGAGCGGGUACCCGGUGGGGCUCAGCCGGGCGCCCCCGCGCCUUCAUCUUUUUCCUUUUCUUCUUCCUCGGCGACAGCCGCAGCGGGUCAGAGCCGCUUCCCACGGAGCCGCCCCGGGCGGCGGCGGGGCCGGUUGUAUUGCCGGGUGGGCAUCGGCUUCCACCUCCAGCUACAUCCCGAUGGACUGGUGGACGGAGCCCACGACGCAAGUCCGCUCAGUAUUUUGGAAAUAUUUGCUGUGUCUCAGGGGAUUGUAGGAAUACGAGGAGUUUUCAGCAACAAAUUUUUAGCGAUGUCAAAAAAAGGAAAACUCCAUGCAAGUGCCCGGUUCACAGAGGAUUGCCAGUUUCGGGAGCGCUUCCAGGAGAACAGCUACAACACGUACGCCUCAGCCGUGCACCGCAGCCCACACUCAGGGCGACAGUGGUAUGUGGCCCUCAACAAGCGUGGCAAAGCCAAGCGGGGCUGCAGUCCCCGUGCCCGGCCCCAGCAUGUCUCCACACACUUCCUACCCCGCUUCUGGCAGCCCCAACUCCCUGAGCUCGCCUUCACUGUCACUCUCCCGGAGAAAAAGCUCUCGCCACCGAAACCAAAGGUUGCCCCAUCCCCACCUCGGAAAACCCCUGGACCCAUCAAGUACCGGCUGAAGUUCCGCUUUGGAUAGUGCAUCAUUGGGGGGAUGUGGCACAGGAGACACCCAGUGCCUGGUUGUAUUUUGGGGUGACCCCUUGGGAGACCUGUGUCCAACCUCCCUGGAUGAAUGUGGUGAUGCUCCACGCAGCCAUGUUGGGCUCAGGGUCUUCUCUUCACCCCACAAAGUGGACGGCAUCCUUGGGGGCAUGCACUAGGGUGAUGUAACUUGGGCUUUCCAAAGAGUAUUCCUGAAGUGAACAGAAAACGCUUGGUGGACAUUGAGUUAAUUUUCUGGUGGUGAAAGGAGCAGAAAGGCACCUUUACAGCAAACAAGUUUUCUUACCUUAUUUUCACUAAUGACUCUCUUGACAAUCAUUUUCAUUCAAGAGAUGUGUUCAGAGCCAACCUGUUAAGUGCUUUUUUUCUUUUUUCUUUUGUUUUUUUUUUUCUUUUGGUAUCUCCUUUUUGCUGCACUUUUUUCCUCCAACCUCAGACACCAGAUACCCAGGUUUGCCUCUUCCCCUUCACCUACAAACAAGCUUCUUCCAUCCACAACAAGAUCAAGCCCAACAAAUGGAUUCCCCUUAUCUGUGGUGCAACGGGGACUUAAAACUCUUUGCUGGCAAUAAUAUAUGUAUAUAUAUUAUUUUUUGUUAAGAGUUGCAGGCUUGGGGAGGGUGGCUGUUUGGAGCCCUGCUCCUGGUUGUCUUUCCUGUUAUCCCCUGGAUAUCUGGAGGAGUGAGUCUCCUCCUGUCCAUCAAAGGAUGGCAUUGACAACUGUGUUUAAAAUACCUCUGCCCUGGCCCUGUGGCAUUCCUGCUCACAUGGUGAGGGGACCACCCUCUGUGCCCCUGCUCCCUGGGGAUCCUUUGCCCCCUGCCCCAGUACUCUCUGCUUUCUUCCAACAGUUAUCACUGCUGAUUUCUUUUAUCAUUCACAAGACACUGCCAGAACAGGGAGAAAGGGUUUUAUUUCAUAGCAAGGGUGGUGAUGUAGCAAUAAAUGCUACAUCUCGUACAUUCAGAAGUGUUUUUUUUAUUUUUCCCCACCCAGGCUGCCCUGUGGUUCUGACUGUGGAAUUGUUUCUUCAUUGUGUUACCUAUGGAGUAAUUGUGCAUUUGGAGGUUUUAAUCAGUGUUGCAUACAUACAGAAAAUGGUAGCACUGAACCUCACCAGUUAAGCCUUAAGAGCCCAGGUGGGCUUGCACUGGCAAAACCCUUCCCAGCAUGAGCCCUGUGAGUGUGGAGCAGCAAUAAUAAGGGCAGGCAGCACUGCUGAGCCUUUCCAAAUCUGAUCAUGGUACAAAUGGUUAUUGCCAUUGGAAUCAUGGUUCUUCACCCGUUGCCUUUCUGGGCAGUCUCUUGUUGAAUACAUCUGCUUCAAGCAGUUGUAAAAUGCUUUCGCACAAAGGCAUGUGCUCCACGUGCAGGGAUGGAUGGGGGCACUGGAAUAAAAUCUCAUCAUUCUUUGUUUUAUAA